CACGCUCGGGAAUGAUGGCGGCCUUCAGUGUGGCUCGGACUAGCUGCGGACUCAUCAACGGCUUGAGGGUCUCCUUCAGGGGUCUGGCGCGGGUGAAAUAUGGUGCAGUUUGUGCGUCGGUACCGCAGCGGGACGGCCGGUGGUACUCCUCGGUGGGCCAUCUGUCCGUUAAGGAGAGGAUUGAGCAGAAGCGAAAAGCGGCGCUGGUCGGAGGAGGUCAGAAGAGAAUCGAAGCACAACACAAGAGGGGUAAGCUGACAGCCCGGGAGCGAGUGCAGCUCCUGCUGGACCCCGACUCCUUCGAGGAGUCCGACAUGUUUGUGGAGCAUCGCUGUGCUGACUUUGGCAUGGAGCAGGACAGAAAUAAGUUCCCUGGUGACAGCGUUGUGACCGGCCGCGGCAGGAUCAAUGGCAGGCUGGUUUACGUCUUCAGUCAGGACUUCACUGUGUUUGGUGGCAGUUUGUCUGGAGCUCAUGCGCAGAAGAUCUGUAAGAUUAUGGACCAGGCCAUGACGGUCGGCGCACCUGUCAUCGGACUCAAUGACUCCGGCGGCGCUCGGAUCCAGGAGGGAGUGGAAUCUCUGGCUGGAUACGCAGAUAUUUUCCUGAGGAAUGUGUUGGCUUCAGGAGUCGUCCCUCAGAUCUCGCUCAUCAUGGGUCCGUGUGCAGGAGGGGCUGUGUACUCGCCCGCGCUGACAGAUUUCACCUUCAUGGUGAAGGACACGUCGUACCUGUUCAUCACAGGGCCCGAUGUUGUGAAGUCCGUCACCAAUGAAGAUGUGACUCAGGAGGAGCUGGGUGGAGCCAAAACUCACACGUCUGUGUCCGGCGUCGCUCACCACGCCUUCGAGAACGACGUGGAGGCUCUGCUCAACCUGCGGGAGUUCUUCAAUUUCCUUCCUCUCAGCAAUCAGGACCCGGCUCCCGUCAGGGAGUGUCACGACCCCAGCGAUCGUCUGGUGCCGUCGCUGGACACCAUCGUCCCGUUUGAGUCGACGAAAGCCUACGACAUGCUGGACAUCAUUCAGGCAAUCGUGGAUGAGAGAGACUUCUUCGAGAUCAUGCCCAACUACGCCAAAAACAUCGUGGUGGGAUUCGCCCGGAUGAACGGGCGCACCGUAGGCAUCGUGGGUAAUCAGCCCAAAGUGGCCUCCGGAUGUUUGGACAUCAACUCCUCGGUGAAGGGAGCUCGCUUUGUUCGCUUCUGUGACGCUUUCAACAUUCCCAUCAUCACCUUUGUGGAUGUCCCAGGAUUCCUGCCAGGUACGGCUCAGGAGUACGGGGGCAUCAUCCGGCACGGAGCCAAGCUGCUGUUUGCGUUCGCUGAAGCCACCGUCCCCAAAAUCACCAUCAUCACCAGGAAGGCGUACGGAGGAGCCUACGACGUGAUGAGCUCCAAACACUUGAGAGGAGACGUGAACUACGCCUGGCCCACGGCUGAGGUGGCCGUCAUGGGCGCCAAGGGCGCCGUCCAGAUCAUCUUCAGAGGGAAGGAGAACCAGGCCGAGGCGGAGGCCGAAUACGUGGAGAAGUUUGCCAACCCUUUUCCCGCCGCCGUCAGAGGCUUCGUGGACGACAUCAUCGAGCCGGCCGUCACUCGCAAGAAGAUCUGCCGAGACCUGGAGGUCCUGGCCAGCAAGAAGCAGGUCAACCCCUGGAAGAAGCACGCCAACAUUCCCCUGUGAGACGCACCCGCAGCGUUUUCCCCUCCCACCGACUCGCCGAGGGAUCCACUCCCGCCGCCGCCCUUCAACGACACCUCCGCGCCGUUUACCACUCCGCUCCGAGGAGACGGUCUCUGCCGUGUGACUCUCAGGCCUCGCCGCCUUUGGAGGAACCGUCGGGAUGCGUGUCUUUUUUAACGUUGUGAUCACCGAAGCCUGAAGCACAUUCUGAAUGAUUGUAACGCCGGCGGCGGCCAUAUUGGCCUCCGCCAUUCACUUUCUGACAUUUCAAGGACGCCGUUGAAUCUGAAAGGUUACAAAAUAUGCAAGUGUCAAGAUUUGUAGUGAAGCAUACUGUAGACGUGUACAGCUAUUGACGUACUGUAUUUAGAGGAGCGCGUUUCUUUUUAAAUGCACUCGCCGUGUUGGAUCCUUUUAGGUCAUGAAAAGUGUUUUUCCUCAGCCAGGACGUGUGCCUUUCCUCCGGCAGGCUCCCCUCUGCCGUCACGGACUCGACACCAUGUGGAUUUUAUUGACAUCUGGCGGUUUUAUCACUCUCCGUUUGUAUCAGUCUGUCUGAUUUGACAAAUACGAAUGAUGUGAUUCUGAGUAAAGCGUGGAUCGUGGCUCUGA